AGACAAACGCGCCGCUUUCCAUCAAUCGGAUUUACGCGACGCUCAUGUUCAUAGAAGCGCGUUAAGUGCCGACAAUUGACUACUUUCGUACUUUUCGUACGCUCUACUUUUUAAUAGUAUUUCGUUCAUUAGGACCACACUUGCCCAUUAUAUCACAACUCAUUUUUUUCCCCAUCGGCGUAAUAUAAUCUCACCCGAAACUUCAUUUUUGACAAGGCUUGCGACUUAAGCUUACUGGAUAGGAUAAGAUGGAGGAAGAGUGGACGGUCGACGCUAGCGAGGCGCUCAACAUAUCGCUCGUGCGGCCUGCUUCGUCGGGAAUCGAGAAGAUCGCAUCUUUCAAACCGAGACAUACUUAUGCUAUCUUUGGCGAGGCUGAGCGCAUAUUUGGUCAUAAGGGUUUGAAGAUCGAUUUGCAGUUUGACGCUAGAGAUCUACGACCGAAUAUCUCAAUAUCCUCCGCAAAAAAGUUCACUAAGGUUGGCGAUGUUGAGGCUGUUGAUGUCAAGCAUACUAUGAAAGACUAUCUACCCGGAGUUGCCUUUCAAUCUGGGAAAGAAUACGAACACGCGUUGAAGAACCUUCCUGAUACGUGGACCCCUCCUGGAACCCUUACGAAGACGUUGGAGAAGAAUGGCGAAGUCUACGAGAUCUGGCAGGGAUCGUUAUCUCAACCGGAGAUUCACCAGCUGAUCAAGCGCAUCCAAAUUAACGUUCUGUUCUUUAUUGAAGGCGGAUCGUAUAUAGGAGUAGACGAAGAAGGAAAUGAUGAGCCGGAUUCUUCUUUAACUCGAUGGACUGUCUUCUUCGUUUACAAGAAGACACCCAACUCGAAGGCCGAGGAUAAACCCCAGUAUACCUUCCAGGGUUUCGCAACAACUUACAACUUCUGGAUGUUCCAACAAACUACACUCCCGUCUUCAUCAGUUAAGGAGAAAGCGAGCGACGCAUGGGAGCUACCCGAGGGAGACUUUUCCGUUACGGAUUUCGUUCAUCGCAUGAGAAUCUCGCAGUUCUUGAUCCUCCCUCCUUUCCAGGGGAAGGGUAUCGGUGCUUUCCUCUACAACACCAUGUUUGAAAUAGCGAUGAACACUAGCACCACUAAAGAGGUAACGGUGGAGGAUCCUAACGAGGAUUUCGACUUACUUCGAGACUUGUGCGAUAUGAAGUAUCUGCGCAGAAACGUUCCCGAAUUUGCCAACUUGACGGUCAACACCGAAGUACCUGUUCCCGCGAAGGGUGGCAUAUUACGCCAUAACACGCAAAUUACCCCUUCUCUUAAAGAAACCACGUCAAUCGGGGGGAUUGUUGACAUCGUAAAGCUGGAAGACCUUCGAGUCAAAUGCAAAAUUGCGCCCCGCCAGUUUUGGCGACUUGUCGAAAUGCAUCUGAUGUCGAAAUUACCCGACUCCGUCCGACCACAGGCUGAUGAUGAGGUCGAAAAGCCAGCGCCGUCAAAGGCUGACAGGCACGCUUAUACGCUAUGGCGCUUGCUACUCAAGCAGCGUCUAUAUCGUCGUAACGUCUCUAUUCUAGGCGAAUUCGAGAUCACAGAGCGCAUCAUCAAGUUGAACGAAACCGUUGAUAAUGUCGAGUGGGAGUACGCUAGGAUUCUCGAACGACUUGAGUCGACACCACCUGCUGCUGCCGGCGAGUCUGCGGCUGCUAACGGCAAAAGGAAGCUCGCCGGUGGUCCCAGUACAGAAGACCUUCCUAGUAAGAAGACACGCAUCGAGGAUACUGAGGACAAAUAGGAGUAAAAAAAAAAAAGGGCGAAUACUUUGGUGAUAAAGAGGUUCCUGGUGCUAAUAUAGUAAGGAGUUUCGGGAGGUCUCAUGAUACCUACGUUAUGUGUAUAUUUAAGAGGGCUUCUCCUAUAAUGUUUUCCCUCUCGGCAGGUACUAGGUAUUGGUCGAUGUCUGGCAUAGCUCUAUCGCAACGU